AUGUCUUCAAGUCGUGAAACAGUACGAAAAAUGACCAAACAGGCAAUCAUGGAACAGUGCAAACGAAAUAAACUUUACACGACGCCCCGAUUAAAUGAUGUCUUAUAUUUGCACUUUCAAGGCUUUCCCAAAAUCGAGAAUCUUGAAGAAUAUACGGGAUUGAAGUGUUUGUGGCUUGAAAGCAAUGCCUUCACGAAAAUUGAAGGUUUAGACCACCAGCCCAAUCUCAAAUCGCUCUUCCUCCAAAAUAAUCUCAUCUCAAAAAUCGAAAACUUGGACAAUUGUAAGGAACUUGACACGCUCGUGUUGUCUCACAAUUACGUUAAAACAUUGGAAAAUUGCUGCUCGAAUACUUUACCACUGCUCAACACUCUCAACAUUUCACAUAAUCAAUUGCGAAACGCUGAAAGCGUAGAAAUUCUCAAACGAUGUGAAAACAUCUCAAUUUUGGAUUUGUCAUUCAACAAGAUUGAUGACAUCAUGAUUGUGAAAGUAUUAGGUGGAAUGGCAUCGUUGCAUGUCUUAAAUUUGACAGGAAAUCCGGUCAUCAACUCGAUCACAAACUAUCGAAAAACAAUGAUUUUGGAAUGCAAUUCUUUGACAUACUUAGAUUCACGUCCCGUUUUUCCACGAGAUCGUGCAUGUGCUGAAGCUUGGAAGUCUGGUGGAUUUCACGCUGAAAAACGUGAACACGAGCAAUGGAAUCGUGAGGAGCGACGUAAAAUUAGAAGAUCUGUGAACGCGCUUUUAUGUAAAUCACGUGGCGAAUCCUUUCUCUUAAGCUCGAGUGAAGAUGAAAAAGAUGAAGAUGUUGAUAGCAGAAAAAUUGAUGUCAAAGCAGGCGGUGACGCAUCACCAAAGAAUGAAGAAAGUUCCAUUGAUAUAUACGAAGGAAACCAGAAAGAAUUGAUUGAAAUGUAUGAAAUGGAACAGAAGGAAAUCGACAGCAUGGUCAAAAACGUCGAUGAUGCAACAUACCCAAUGAAAGUUGAAAAGCCAAUAAAUCGUGCCACGAUGAUUGAGAGAAUUAAAAACGAAGAGAAGGUUGAGCAACGAAAAGAUGAACUAACAAAACUAUUGGACAUUAGCAGCGAUCAAGACAGAAUUCUUCAAAUGAUGCAGACGAAUCAGACGAUGGAAGAAAAUAUUUUUGGCCCGAAGCAAAAUUUUGAUGUACCGAAGAAGAUUUUAAUUGAAGAAAUCAGUGACGAAACCGACAAAAGUGUCCAACAAAAUGACAUUGAAGAAAUUCCUAAACGCAAUGAUGAAACGCUUGGCAAUGAGCAUGAAAGCAUGUUGUGGUUUGAAGAUGAAGCGACAGAAACGACACGAAACUUUGAAUCAAUCGAUUACCAAUUCACGAAUUCAGCAGACAUUGUUGUUGAAACUUUAGUUAAAGAAGAUCUCACAAAUGUUCCUGAGUCAACAUAUAAUUCAGAAGAUUUCACAAAAGUUCUCGAAUUAUGUCAAUAUCAGAAAACAGACGCAAUGCAACUUUGCUUCUUAAAUGAAAAUGAAAAACUUAUGCAAAUCUACGAUGAAGCUGUGGAGAAGAAUUUAGUGCAAGAAAGCGAUGGUUUUCAACUUGCUGAAAUCGAAAAUUUGUGUAAAGAAGAAAAUGAAUCUGAUGAUGACGAUAUGGAAAGUCAACCUGAUCUUGAUGGCAUUUUAACGGUCAAGAAGUUUAAUUUUCCUAGCGAAUCUAAAGAUGCUGAAGUCGAAGAAAUUUUGCAAUCUUCUCACGAUGAAAUUAACGAAGUUAAAGAAAUGGCUGAAAAUUUGAUUGAUGGUAUCAUCAAUAGUUUAGAGGAUAUUGAAAUGCCAUUUUAA